AUAUUUCUACUGAUUUACUGUUAUUCAUCGUCUUUGUUCUACGAAUUACGCAUUGCUCGUCUAUAUAUUCUGUUGAAUUGUGGCGAUUUGUAUUAGAAAGUUGUUUAUUGCUGUGAAAUUACGUUGUGAAUUGUCGCAUCUUAAUCUUUAUUCGCGUUUUAUUUAAUUGAAGUUUUUAUUCCAUUAUUGCAAAGUUCUUUCAAGAUGCAAAUCUUCGUGAAAACUCUGACCGGUAAAACCAUCACCUUAGAGGUCGAGCCGUCCGAUACGAUUGAAAAUGUCAAAGCCAAGAUCCAAGAUAAAGAAGGCAUCCCACCCGACCAACAACGAUUGAUUUUCGCCGGUAAACAACUAGAAGACGGCCGUACGUUGAGCGACUACAAUAUUCAAAAAGAAUCUACGCUUCAUUUGGUCCUACGUCUGCGCGGUGGUAUGCAAAUCUUCGUUAAAACUCUCACCGGCAAAACUAUUACUCUGGAAGUCGAACCGUCCGAUACGAUCGAAAAUGUAAAAGCUAAAAUCCAAGACAAAGAGGGUAUCCCUCCCGACCAGCAACGAUUGAUCUUCGCCGGUAAACAAUUGGAAGACGGACGUACAUUAAGCGACUACAAUAUCCAAAAAGAGUCAACUUUACAUUUAGUCUUACGUCUCCGUGGAGGUAUGCAAAUUUUCGUCAAAACGCUCACCGGUAAGACGAUCACCCUCGAAGUCGAACCUUCCGACACUAUCGAAAAUGUGAAAGCUAAAAUUCAAGACAAGGAAGGUAUUCCACCCGACCAACAAAGAUUGAUUUUCGCCGGCAAACAAUUAGAAGACGGUCGUACUUUGAGCGAUUACAAUAUUCAGAAAGAAUCGACUCUCCAUUUGGUUUUACGUCUACGCGGUGGAAUGCAAAUCUUCGUUAAAACUCUUACCGGUAAAACGAUCACCCUCGAAGUCGAACCCUCAGACACGAUCGAAAAUGUCAAAGCGAAAAUCCAAGACAAAGAAGGCAUCCCACCCGACCAACAACGUUUGAUCUUUGCCGGAAAACAGUUGGAAGAUGGCCGCACUUUGAGCGAUUAUAACAUCCAGAAAGAAUCCACCCUUCAUUUAGUCUUGCGUCUUCGAGGUGGUAUGCAAAUUUUCGUGAAAACGCUCACCGGCAAAACGAUAACUUUAGAAGUUGAACCGUCCGAUACGAUUGAAAACGUUAAAGCCAAGAUUCAAGACAAAGAAGGUAUCCCGCCCGACCAGCAGAGAUUAAUUUUCGCCGGUAAACAAUUGGAAGAUGGCCGUACGCUCAGUGAUUAUAAUAUUCAAAAAGAAUCGACUCUGCAUUUAGUAUUACGUCUUCGUGGCGGUAUGCAAAUUUUCGUAAAAACACUCACCGGUAAAACCAUCACCUUAGAAGUCGAGCCAUCCGACACAAUCGAAAACGUAAAAGCGAAAAUUCAAGAUAAAGAAGGUAUCCCGCCUGACCAGCAAAGAUUGAUCUUCGCCGGUAAGCAAUUGGAAGACGGCAGAACACUGAGCGAUUACAACAUUCAAAAAGAAUCGACCCUUCAUCUAGUUCUACGGUUACGUGGUGGUAUGCAGAUCUUCGUUAAAACGCUUACCGGAAAAACCAUCACACUAGAAGUCGAACCGUCUGAUACCAUCGAGAACGUUAAAGCUAAGAUCCAAGAUAAGGAAGGUAUUCCUCCUGACCAGCAACGUUUAAUCUUCGCUGGAAAACAAUUAGAAGACGGUCGCACCCUCAGCGAUUAUAAUAUUCAAAAGGAAUCUACUCUCCACUUGGUUUUACGACUUCGUGGUGGUUACUAAUUUAUCUCGUUCAAAAUUCCGAAAUUAUUUGUUCUUUUUUUUUAAUUUUUAUUUUACAAUGAUUCUUUAUUCGCAGUUUACUUGUCGUGUUUACUUCUCAUAUUGAUUUUACAUUGUACCAAUGCUUUUUCAAAUUUUGAUUCGAUAGAAAUAUAUUUUUUUCAAAUGCA